UGUGUUUUCCGGAAUGUGUUUUUGUUUAUCUUCAUGUUUUAUUUUUAUUCUGAUUUUCUGAUGUUUUGUGUUUUAUUUUUUGUUGUUUUGAUGUUUUUAUGUUUUGAUUUUAUUCUGAUUUUGUUUAAUUUCAUGUUUUAUUUUUAUUCUGAUGUUUCUUUGUUUUGUGUUUUAUUCUUAUUCUGUUGUUGCUCAAUCUUUGCAGUUGUGUUUUUAAUGUGUUUUUAA